AUGCCAUUAUAUAUGGAACGUCCAUUUUCUACGAAAAAUGAUCAAACAUAUUCAGCAACCGAAUAUCGUGAAAGUUUUAUGUCACCACGUCGAGAAGAUUAUAGUCCUCAUGUAACUUUACCAAAACUUGAUUCUAUACGAUCAUCAUUAACCUGUUCAUGUCUCUCUUUAAAUAUCGAUUCAAAUACACCGUCGACUUCAUCUGAAUAUCGUCUUUGCUUUGAAAAUCAUCAUCCGAAACGACCAUAUGUCUUUCAUGAACGACCAAGUCAUGUUUUUGAUUAUGUUCCAAUGCCAAUUAAUAAUAAAUCUUCAUCACGUUUAUCAGCAAAUCGAUCUGUUUUAAAUAAUACUGAAUAUCAAGAACGAUAUCGAAAUUAUCCUUCAUUUAUUCCAGUACACGCGCUUAUGCCACCACAUCUUCCCAGCAAACCUAAUGUACUAUCGGAUACACAACAAAAACGAGAACGUAUGGGACAUAGUCAAUAUUUCCAUCAACUUAUUUUAGAUAGUGAUAAAUUAAAUGGUGGAAAACGAUCAUCGGGUACGAGUGAACAACGUACUGCUUUUCAAUGGCCUCAUCGUUUGUCUCUAAAUCAACAACAUACAAAACAACAAGAAGCACCAACACCAGUCUAUUCACAAUAUUAUAUACCUAGAGAUAUUUAUGAACCUCUACCAACAAUACAACGAACAAUAAUUAAUGAUUUCAAUUAA